CAAAUCCACUGUGUGGCACACUGGAUGGUACAUAGUGGUCGGUGGAGAUAACUGGACUUUUUCUGGACUGUUCGGGGAGACAAAUAAGAAAAAGCCCAGCAUCGGCCCUCGUGACCUCGUCGCUCUCCUUCCCCUAUUCCCCCGGUAAGACUUGGAUUCCCUCGCUGCAACCAUGGUGGUGAUGAAGAUGAAGUUCCCCUUUCAGAAAAGGGUGAAGCUAGCCCAGGGACUGUGGCUCCUCUCCUGGUGUGCCACAGUCGCCGGGGCUAUCACCUUCAGCCUGGGCUGCAUCCUCAAGACGGAGCUCCGCAGGAGGGCAGAGGUAAUGGAUAACUCAGACGUACAUGUUGUGCCCGACACCCUCAUGAUUGUUGGCCUGGCCUCCUUGGGUAUCAACUACUUUGCUUCAAAGAUCUGCCAGGAUGCUUUGGAUGCAGAGCGGUUUCCUCGCUGGAAGAGAAUGCUGAAGCCCUAUUUUGCUGUCUCCUGCUUCUUCACUGUCCUCAUGCUGCUAGCUGUCAUCAUGAGCUAUGCGAUGAAGGGCAGCCUGGAGUCAUCCCUGAAAGUUGGCCUGAGGAACGGCAUCCGCUUCUACAAGGACACAGACACCCCGGGCCGCUGCUACCAGAAACAGAACAUCGAUCGCCUGCAGAUGGAGUUUCAGUGCUGUGGAAACAAUGAUUUCAGGGACUGGUUUGAGGUCCAGUGGAUCAGCAACCGCUACCUUGAUUUCAGCUCCAAGGAAGUGAAAGACCGCAUUAAGAGCAACGUGGAUGGCCGUUACUUGGUAGAUGGAGUCCCGUUCAGUUGCUGCAACCCCACCUCCCCGCGGCCAUGCAUCCAGUCUCAGCUCACCAACAACUCGGCUCAUUAUAAUUAUGAAUACCAAACCGAGGAGCUCAAUAUCUACCUCCGAGGCUGCAGACAGGCCCUGGUCAACUACUACAUGGGCCUGAUGAACACCAUUGGGGCUGGAGUACUGUCAGUCUUCCUCUUACAGGGCUCUGUGCUGGUGAGCCUGCGGUUCCUACAGACCUCCAUGGAGGCAGUGGCGGGGAAUGAGAACACAGAGAUUGAGACAGAAGGGUACUUGCUGGAGAAAUCGGUGAAAGAAACCGUCAUGGAGUACAUCGAACCUGUGAUGAAGUUCUUCCUGCUCACAAACCAGGUGGAAGAGGGUACUCCUGGAAACCCAGCUGCCCCCUAAAGCACAAAUGAUGUACACACAUGUAAAUAUUUUUUACACAUAGAUAAUUAAUGAUUUGAAUUUGAAAGCAGAAUAUUAAUCACAAAUUUCUACAGGUUUCAAAGACUUAUUGAUAGUAUUUUUUAUUGUCUGAUCACCAUCACAUGUGAAGUGAAUGUUUAAUAUAUUACUGUUCUUUCCCAUUCACAUUCCAUAUGCAGAACUGCUAACCACAUACUGUACAACAUCAUAAAAUAUGUCAAUACCCUCCAUUUAAAAUAAAUUAUUUCCCAGUUUUAUUUUUUGGUUUUAAUGAUAAGGCCACUAGAUAUGAGGCACUAUGCUCCGCUGCGCCACAGGACUAUGGGACAUAAUAUAACAUCUUAUUAAAGUUUGAUGUUAUUAAAUGCCUCAUGUUGUGGAUUCACUUACUGCUUCUUUUUUCUAACAGCAUGCAGACGUAGAAAUACUUAAAAUGUCAGAUGUUACCUUCUGUAACAGGUUCUCCACGUUGCUAAGUUCUCCCUUCUAGUGAAAGGAAUAGGAUUAUGGAGAUUGAUAUAAUCAAUGUCAGUAAUGCAGUGAAAGCCGUCAAGUGUGUCCUCUGUUCUGACACCUUUAAUAAAGCUUUUAAUCUCAUUUGUUAACACUCAACCUGCUGCCCUUGCAAUUAGACACCUGAGUCAGGUGGAUUUAAGAAGCAGAGAACUAUGCCAAGGCUUUUUUUGCUUACAAAAAAACAUUUACACUAUACUGAAAAAAAAAGAUUUCAACUUUGUGUUCUUUACCCAUUUCCCAUGGCAGCUCAUUUGAUAUAAAAGAGAAAUAUUCUACAGUGUUUCUAGAGACAACAUAUUAGUUAAUCUCUGAAAUCUGUUUCUAAUAUCAACAUUGCUUUAUUAAAGGUCCUAUUAAAAACAUAUGUCUUUAGUGACUUUCUGGGGAUAGGCAGACCUCCUAUGACUCAAAACAAUUACACCAUAUUUAGGUUUCGAAUCACCAAUACAGAUCUCAGAGGCUUCCCAUGUAUUGUUGUUGCAAAAGAUCCAAUCUGUUCAUCUUGAUUGUAUCUUGAUUGAAGACCAUUAUGUCCAUUAUUAUUAUUAUAAAUAUUUUGUUAGAAACCUGCCAAUAGCUUGACAUAAUAAUACCAGAACACUAAUGUUGCAAUGCCAAACCUGUUGUAGGUCAGAACCAUGAAAUAAAUAUUACUUUUGUGAAGGUCAGUGUACAGUUUGAUUCAGUGAUUCAGUCAUUUUUGAGGUUGUAACUUACAACGACCUUUGCAUGAUGAUAUUAUUUAUUGCAUGAGAGUUAAGCCUAGAUGCUAUUUCUGCCCACAUGCAGGACAAAACAAACAUGUUACAUGGUACAACACACUUCGAGCAAUAGGCCUAUCAUACAUUAUUACAGUACAGUUUAGUAAAGGUAUACUGGAGAGCACUUCCGCAGACGAGUCUGUUUAUUGAAAAUGUUUCUAAUAAA